GCAUAGCUCAUGGGGGAAGUCCUAAUUGCUUGGCGCCGUUGUGUCCACGCCACGAAUCAUUUUUCAGAAUUUUCCGCCUUUUAUUUCCUCUUCUUUUUGGAUUCCCCAUGCAAAAUUCGAAAGCGGUAGAACCCUAACAGACGCAGAGAUUGAAUUCUCACGUGAAAUCGACGCAGAAGCGAAUUUUAGUGGUUGGAUUUUCGUUUUGUUGAUAUGGUCAAAGAAGUAAAAUUGGAUUCGAAGGAGAAAUCCAUGCGUAAUGAGGACUUGGGAGUCGGAGAGAGGGCAUUGUCGGCCGCCGGCGCCGCUUUUCUGUCGGCGAUCAUCGUCAAUCCUUUCGAUGUCGCUAAGACGAGAUUACAAGCGCAGGCUGCAGGAGUUCCGUAUCAAGGCCUCUGUCAUCUGGGAUGUAUCGACGCCAAUACGACGAUGAUUCAUGACUUAAGAAAUCAUCCUUCUGGAGUGUGUCGAGUCACUGGCUCUGAUUCGUUAUGCUCCGAUCACCGGUAUCGAGGAACCAUAGAUGUGUUCUACAAAAUCGUACGUCAGGAAGGAUUUUCCAGACUGUGGAGAGGUACAAACGCAAGCUUAGCAUUGGCCAUUCCAACCGUUGGGAUUUACAUGCCUUGUUACGAUUACUUUCGCAAUUUACUGGAGGACUUCACCACAGGAAAAGCCCCAAGAGUGACACCGUACGUCCCACUAGUUGCAGGAACCAUCGCACGGUCAUUGGCUUGUAUAUCUUGUUAUCCUAUUGAGUUAGCAAGGACAAGGAUGCAGGCAUUUAAGGAAACCCAAAGAGAUGUGAAACUGCCUGGCGUUUGGAAGACAUUGGUUGAAGUUGUUAACCCAGUAAAGGGCCCAAACAACUUACAAAACUUACAAGGCUACAGGCUCUUGUGGACGGGUCUUGGUGCUCAACUUGCCCGCGAUGUUCCUUUCUCAGCAAUCUGCUGGUCGAUUCUUGAACCAAGUCGGAGAAAGAUUCUUUCAUUCAUGGGUGAAGAACCCAAGGCAACAAGCAUUCUUGGUGCCAACUUUGCUGGUGGUUUUGUAGCUGGUGCUGUUGCUGCAGCAGCUACAUGCCCGCUUGAUGUUGCAAAGACUCGGCGGCAAAUAGAGAAGGAUCCAGAUAGAGCCUUGAGAAUGACCACAAGACAGACCUUACGGGAAAUAUGGAGAGACGGAGGGAUCAGGGGACUGUUUACGGGGAUCGGGCCACGUGUAGGACGAGCAGGUCCUUCAGUAGCCAUAGUCGUUUCCUUUUACGAGGUCGUCAAGUACUCACUCCACCAUCUCCACCACUCCUAAACCCAACAUUCACACACAUUGGAUGGAAGUUUGUUCCUUCUCUUGUCUGCAUUUGAUGAUAACCCAAUAAAAGGUACGAACUCCAUUCCAUUCCAUUUGAUUGAAAUUGUCGAUGCCACUAGAGUGGUCUUGUAUUUUAUUCAUUUUGUUAAUUAUGGGUAUUAUUU